AUGCGUACUGUCGCCCACGCUUACAACCAUGUCUCCCGCCCCAUCUCCCUCUCAGAGUUUAGGGACGCGGUUGAGGCAACAUGCCGUCCGCGGUUUCCCAUGGCCCGCUCGGCGCGGCCCCAGCGUAUAGGUGUUGGUGGUGUCGAUUCCAUGGCCAUGGCUUUCCUCGUCUCUAAGCUGCUCCGGACAUUUCGAGGAACCAAAAUUGCCGACAAUCCAGCAUAUGGAGCCAUGGCCUCCGUCAUCGACCAUCAAUUGCGCGACGGGAGUGGCAAUGAAGCGGCCCAGGUCGCUAGGGAACUGCGCAAGCUCGACCUCAAAGCUGCCGUUACGCCUCUAGGCUGGAAGGCUGAACGGAGUAAGGGUCUCAACCCAAGCGAACUUCCGAACCUCGAAGGGCUCGCCCGAACCUACCGAUACCGCGCUCUUGGCAACAUUUGCCACUUCAUGGGUGCCACGAGCUUGUUCUUCGCUCACCACCGCGACGACCAAUACGAGACGGUUCUGAUGCGCCUACUGGGAGGUCAUGGAUAUCGAGGUCUGCAGGGUAUUAGGGAGGCCAACUCGAUCCCCGAGUGCUACAAUAUGCAUGGCGUCUACAAGAGCGGCCUGAUUGACGACCAGCUCAAGGCGAACCCAGCACUGAGCUUCCGACCCGCCGUCCGCGAACUGAAGCGCCUUCGAAACAUCUUUAGAGAUGAGAAGUUGACUGAGCCCUGGAGUGAUUUACGGUCACAAUUCCCUCUCUUGGACCUUGCUGGCGGAUAUCCAGAGUAUGGCACCGUCGAGAAAACUCUUGAUGGGCCAUACCUCAACCCCUUGGAUACUGAGGAUGGCGGGGUCAUGAUCUACCGCCCCCUCCUGGAAUUUGAUAAGGCUAGGCUCAUUGCAACAUGUGAGGCAAACAAUGUCACAUGGUUCGAGGACCAUACGAAUCUGGACCCCACCCUUACGACCCGCAAUGCCAUCCGAUAUCUGGUUCGGAAUCACCAACUUCCAAAAGCCCUUGAGAAACCAUCCAUCAUAGCCUUGGCCAAGAGAUCCAAGCGGAGGACCAAGUAUGAAGAAGCAGAGGCCCAUCGCUAUCUUGUUCGAGAAGCCAUCGUCAAAGAGUUUGACCCAAACGUCGGAACAUUGCUCAUCGAGAUCCCAACCACGCGAGCUGCCACGAGACGUAGCAAGAGGCACUCGGUGAACUCAAACAAUGAGGUUCGAAAGGAACACCGCAAACUGAUCAUGUCGAUUGCGGUUCGGAAGUUGAUGGAUUUUGUCACACCCGAGUUCCAUCUUCCACCUCUGCCCAACCUUGAGAAUGUAGUUCAUCGGCUGUAUCCCCAUCUCGCACCUAAACUAGACCCAUCUCCUCCCAAGACCUUUGCCAUGGCUGGCAUCCUCUUUGAACCGCUGGUAACAGCGAGAUCAGUCAAGUGGUUCCUGACGCGAGCCCCAUACACAUCCAAUCAGCCCCUGCCGGUGGCUACGCUCCACGGCUCGCUUGAUCACCGGCUGCGUCCUACCAAAGAGGAGAUGACCGAACGAGGGGAGUCGCCCCACCAAUCUCGCCCAUUGGCAUGGAAGAAGGCAAAGAUGUUUGACGGUCGCUUUUGGAUCCGGAUUGGCUACAAUACCCGAAGUAGAUUCCGAGUCCAACCCUUCCGACCCGAAGAUGGCAAAGUAUUCCGCAAGACACUCUCGCCAUCGAGGCGCGCGAAGCUUGAGCGGCUGCUUAAGCACUAUGCACCCGGCAAAGUACGAUACACGUUGCCUGCAUUGUACGGUGUGGAAAGAGAGAGAGAUCACUACUCGCAGCAUGUCACGCAGACCGUCACCCUACUGGCGCUGCCGACGUUGGGCAUCCAUAUCCCGGGCCUCGAGCGUUGGGUACGAUAUGAGGCGCGGUACAAGAAGGUCGAUACAACCCUACUCGGCCAUGAACCGCGGCGUAAGAAUGGACACGUGGGACGGCAUCGGCCGCUGUACGGCGCCAUGCGGCAACAGAAGCGAAGGAGGAUGUAUAAAUAUCGCGAGCGUAGAUGA